GGCCCUGACAUCCCAGGAGCCAGCAGAGGCAGGGCAGGAUGGAGCGGAGACGCAUCACCUCUGCGCGCCGCUCCUAUGCCUCCUCCGAGACGGUGGUCAGGGGCCUCGGUCCUAGUCGACAACUGGGUACCAUGCCACGCUUCUCCCCGUCUCGAAUGACUCCUCCACUCCCUGCCAGGGUGGACUUCUCCCUGGCCGGGGCGCUCAAUGCUGGCUUCAAGGAGACACGGGCGAGCGAGCGCGCAGAGAUGAUGGAGCUCAAUGACCGCUUUGCUAGCUACAUCGAGAAGGUCCGCUUCCUGGAACAGCAAAACAAGGCGCUGGCAGCUGAGCUGAACCAGCUUCGAGCCAAGGAGCCCACCAAACUGGCUGAUGUCUACCAGGCGGAGCUUCGGGAGCUGCGACUGCGGCUGGACCAGCUUACAGCCAACAGUGCCCGGCUGGAGGUGGAGAGGGACAACCUUGCACAGGACCUCGGCACCCUGAGGCAGAAGCUCCAAGAUGAAACCAACCUGAGGCUGGAGGCAGAGAACAACCUGGCUGCGUAUAGACAGGAGGCAGAUGAAGCCACCCUGGCUCGUGUGGAUUUGGAGAGGAAGGUUGAAUCGCUGGAGGAGGAGAUCCAGUUCUUGAGGAAGAUCUAUGAGGAGGAAGUUCGAGAACUCCGGGAGCAGCUGGCCCAACAGCAGGUCCACGUGGAGUUGGAUGUGGCCAAGCCAGACCUCACAGCGGCCCUGAGAGAGAUUCGCACUCAAUACGAGGCAGUGGCCACCAGUAACAUGCAAGAGACAGAGGAGUGGUAUCGGUCUAAGUUUGCAGACCUCACAGACGCUGCGUCCCGCAACGCAGAGCUGCUCCGCCAGGCCAAGCACGAAGCUAACGACUAUCGCCGCCAACUGCAGGCUUUGACCUGCGACCUGGAGUCCCUGCGCGGCACGAAUGAGUCCCUAGAGAGGCAAAUGCGCGAACAGGAAGAGCGCCAUGCGCGGGAGUCGGCCAGUUACCAGGAGGCACUCGCUCGGCUGGAGGAGGAGGGCCAAAGCCUCAAGGAGGAGAUGGCCCGCCACCUGCAGGAGUACCAGGAUCUACUCAAUGUUAAGCUAGCCCUGGACAUCGAGAUCGCCACCUACAGGAAAUUGCUGGAGGGUGAAGAAAACCGUCUCUCUCUCCCUCUCUCUCUUUCUCAACUGCUUGUCACUACAGGGGGCAAAAGCACCAAAGAAGGGGAAGGCCACAAAGUCACAAGACAUCUCAAAAGGCUCACAAUACAAGUUGUCCCAAUACAGGCUCACCAGAUUGAAAAUGGAGCCCUGCCAGCUGCAGAAACCAGCCUGGACACCAAAUCCGUGUCAGAAGGCCACCUCAAGAGGAACAUCCUGGUAAAGACUGUGGAGAUGCGGGAUGGUGAGGUCAUUAAGGAGUCGAAGCAGGAGCACAAGGACGUGAUGUGAGGUGUGCCCACCUGGUGGCCCUUGCCAUACAGUGUGAGGGCCCAAAGCUUAUCCUCAAAUAGUCCUGUUUGCCAGGCUCAGUUCCCACCCACACCAGCGCUUCCCUUCCUUCUGGUUUCCUGCCUGUAUGCUGCCCAGGGCUCAAUCAGUGCUGAGCUUCAUAGAUGGCAUAUACCCUUCACCUUCAACUAACAGGAUACUCACCCCAAAGGCGCAGUCAGGAGGGGAGGGAACCCCAGCUGGGUUAGAAUUGGAAGGGAAGAGGAAAGAUGAGCAGAGAGACUUAACAAAUCAUUCCUUCAUCCUUGUUGUUAUGGAAACUGUUGCCAGGCUGCUGGAGCUAGACAACAAUUCAGACAGAAAGGGAAAGUCCCCGAGGCAAAGUCUCUCUAGCCAGAGACCUAUGCAUCCCGAAUGACCCUGACGAUCUAGGAGCUGAUAGGGCAGACCUGCUACCUGGAAUGGCCACUAAGGCAGUCCUGAAGGGCCCUCCAGAGUGAUGACUCGUGUGUCAGCCCCACUGAGCAGCUAUGCAGGUUGACUGCCCAUGAGCAUGUGGAAACUUGGUUCUCAGCACUUGGCAGGAUCUGUGGCAUAAGUGGAGAGGGAAGGUGUAUUGGACGGUGGAGAAGGGCUCCCUGGCCCCUAAGUGUGGAUGCAGAGAGGUGGAACCCAGGAAGGGUCUCUGCUUAGGCUGCAGGGGUGCCAAUGGCGGAGGCACUGGUAAAAGAUCAUUUGGACGCUGGAGUUGAAAGUUACAGGCAAUCUGUUACCCUUGGCUCUGAAUCCUAUGAAUCAAGGAAAUAACCCGCUCUCUGGAAGACACUGAAAUGGGAGAGAGGGACUUCCGUCCACUGGGCAGGGUACAGAUGUGUCUCAGUCGUGAAGGUCUAUUCCUGGCUGCACAGUCAUCUUACCCUGUGACUGCUGCUUCUCAGUCCUGAAGAAUCCACAACCAUCCUUCCAAGGUUCUCCAUCCCCACAAUGACUAGCUGUUGCUCUCCAAGCCAAGGGACCAUUCCCCUUCUUAUGCAAUUAUAAUAAUGUCACCUAUUUAGGUUAUCAUCCUAUUUGAGAGUUUGAGGAACUGAAACGUGUUGUGUUCAAGCAGCCUGGUGGCUAGUGCCUUCAUAUUAGAGCACCUUCUCUGAAGCUGAUUGGUGGGCAGGUAGGGAAGACAUUGAGCAGAAAGUGUCCACUCAGUUGUCCUUCCCUCCCCUCCAAGGUCCCUCCCUCUUCCCAGGACACCCCCCCACCCCCUCCUUUCCACCUGUGCUAACCUCCAGAGCAGUACUGUCACCUUUACUCACUGGGCAGAAAUAAAGACAUG